CAUCUUCCUUCCUUUCAAAAUCACCAUGAAAAAAAGACGAAAAAGAACCACAUUUCCUUCCUAAACCAGUCAAGUUAAGACCAGACCAAACCAAACCAAAACAAAACAAAAUAAACGGCAGAAACUCACAUUUCAGAUUUAGAGGUUUCUGGUACAAAACCCAGGAAGAUAAAAAUGUGUUAUGUGGGGAAAGCAACAAAGAUCUUCAUUUUCAUUGUUACAGUGUUGGUGGUUCUGGGUCUUGUCUUGGGAUUCGGACUCUUGCGCCAUAGCAUCGAAAAAUCUCAUAAAUGCUCCGGUGAUUCUUGCCAUUCUCCACCCAUUCUCUUCCCCAACCCCAACCCUAGCUCCAACCUACCUAGUCCUGCAGGCUCCUCCCAGCCGAGCCCACCUAGCCCUGACCUCGGCUCAUCUCCACCUAGUCCUCCAAACCCAAAUCCUAGUCCUGACACCAGUUCAAUUCCACCACCUAGCCCACCUAUACCAACUCCCCCUAUCCAAGCAACUCCGCCUACACCUAUCACUACUAACCCAACUCCUCCGCCUCCGACACUGCCACCACCGCCACUGCCUUCGGAUAUCACAACUGGUGCUCCGCCGCCGGGAAGUUCUGCAAAUUUUGUGGUGAUGGGCCUGUAUAGACAUGGAGUUUAGUCUGUUACUAUUCUCGAGAUUUAUCAGAAUUACAGAGUUAUCCAUGAAGAGUAAUGAAAUUUACGGAAGUCUUGAAUGCCAAUGUGGGUACUUUUACAAUGACAAUGUUGUCAACUCUGUCACUUCAAUUGACUCUAAUCUCUGCGGAUAACAAUUGCACGUCCUAAGGGCAUCUUCAUUGUGUAAUAUCAAUGUCGUGGAUGAAUAAUAUCACUCUAAAUUUAGCUUAAUAUUAUUCAUUCACGUCAAUUUAGGUGAUACUAU